AUGCAGUCUGUCGAAAGUAAUUCUCCGUUCUCCUUUGAGCCGUAUCUGCUCUCUCCUCUUGACCAUGCUGUCAUUCCUCUGCCCAUGUCUGUUCUUAUAUCUUUUGAACUAAACAGUCCCAUCAAAGCAAUCCGCAUACUGGACAAAGGCAUUUCGUCUCUUGUUCACCGACUCCCUUUUCUUACUGGCGAUCUUGUCCUCACGCAAGUCGACAAGAAGAAUAUCCUUAAACUACAGCCUCCUGCUUCUCUGUCUACAUGUCCUUUACUCCAAGUCAAACAUCAUCCAUCAGAAUAUCUAUCUCAUCCCAAAGGGACUGGCAAUAAAUUCUCCUUUGAUGCUCUCGACGAGCAAAACUAUAUCCCCAUUCCGCUCGACAUCCCACCAACACAGCCCCAGCCUAUCCUCCGAUUCCAGGCAAAUGUCCUGCAAGAUGGAAUUGUUUUGUCUGUCAUCUUCCACCAUCUCGCCAUUGAUGCUGCUGGCCUUCAGAGUAUUCUGACGUAUCUGGCGGCGUGCUGUCGUGCUGCUUCAUCAGAGAACCAGUCUAUCAAGUUCUUCACAAACCCAGAGAAAGAGCAAAAGGCACGAAAUCAACUGUCUAGACUGGCCAACGAGACAGAUCCGGUUGGAUACAAAGGGCCAUAUGAAAAGACAUCUUCAGAGAGCUUAGAUGGCCCAAUUGCUGAAAAUGCAACACAGCGACUGGUCUUUCCAGCAGAGAGGAUAGAACGCAUCCGCAUGGCCUGCAUACUGUUAUACUCGGAGCAGACAGCAUCGGAUCCGUCUUCAUCUCCCAUCAAACUAUCCAGCAACGACAUUGUGACCGUCUUAAUCUGGCUCUGCGCAGCCCAAGCAGAACAUCCUGUCCCUCACCAACCAUCCCCAUCACUAGUCUUCCUCGUCAACAUCCGACCUGUCCUUCAGCCUCCUCUCCCCAUGACAUACAUCGGCAAUGGAGUCAUCGCCGGCGAAACAACCUCCAAGCGACUCACCACACCCAAACCAAAUAAAACCCCAUCCCACCACGGCAUAACAAAAGACACCAUCUCCCUCAUCCUCCACCUCGCCCUCAAACUCCGCAAAAGCAUCACCUCCAUCGACGAAGCAUACGUCGGGCGCAUCGCCGCAUCCGCCCAUCAGGGCCUCCCCUCCCCCUUCAACCCCAGCAACAUCGUCGUGAGCAGUCUACGCAGUAUGCCCUUCUACGGUGUGGAUUUUGGGCCUGUGCUGGGUCAUGGACGAAUGCUGGAUGUGGUUAAUCUACGAUUGAAGAAUUUUGGGUGGAUUCUGCCGGCGAAGGCAAUGGGGGAUGGGUCGAGGUCUGCGCCGUGGGAGGUGAGGAUGACGAUGGAGAGGGGGGCGAUGGAGAGAUUCAAGGCGCAUGAGGUGGUGAGAUGGGCGACGGGGGAGGAUAAUCUAGCCAAGUUAUAA